AUGACAGUAGAAAACGAAGAUACUAAGAAUAUGGAUGUUGUCAUGCGAGAUACUGAAACUCGUCGUAAUGCAGGUCCGAACUUUGGCAUGAAUCCUGCAGUCCCGGUGGACCAAUGUACAUAUGAAACUACAUUCUGGCCUCAAAUCUCUGGCUUUGUUAAACUUGCUCUACGAGCGGAAUUGCAAAUUGAACGACCUUUGAGUAUAUAUUGGAUGUGUUGGCAGGGAUUUCAGAAAAAACUCCACAAGGAUCUCUUAACCGUGAUUGAUGAAACAUUGAUAGAACUUCAUACGCAACUCGAUGCUAUUGAUCAACCAGAUCAAUGGAUCUUGAAAUUUGCAGAGAUUAGUAAAAAUCACGCAAGGGCUGCCGAUAUAUUGUCCAGUAUCUUUGCCUAUUUGGAUAAGACGUAUAUUCAGUAUUUUCUUCAUGACAAUCUAAAGAAGAUCCUUUUCGAAAAAUUUAAAGAGCUUAUUAUCAAUAAAUCGGAAAGGCGAAUUAUGUAUAUCUUUGAUAUUGUGUUAGACAUCCCGGGAAAUUUUAAUACAAUUGCUGUAACUGAGACCGUCAACUCACUACUCAAGAUAAAUUCCGAUUUAAUCUAUUUAAAUCCUACACUCUUUAAGAAUCAUAUUCCCGAAAGUCAAAUACCAUGUAAUCUUGAAGGAGCUCGAAUUAAGCAUCAACAAUUGGAGACUAGAUAUCAAAUUGAGGAUUUAAAGGAAAAAGGCUGGGAAGCAGGAAUUUCACAACUCAAGAGAAAUGCAAAUCAAGUGGUUGAUGAGAAUGAAAAAGUCGAAGGAGAAAUUUCGGCAAAGCGCAUUCGCUAG